AUGCCCGGAGAUGACGCCCCAGCCACCGAAGACGAGGAGCUGAACACCCCGGAGGAGAAGGAGGCGUGGCUCCGCGCUCACGGCGUCGAGAUCGAGUCCGCGGAGGAUCGCAGGAAGAAAGCCGAGGCUGCCGCCGCCGCGACGCGCCCGCUGGAGCACGUGGAGGGCGUCACGCGCAGGGUAAAGUACGUGCGCAUCCCCGCGGACGAUUCCGAGCCUUUCGAGCAGCUCGAGAUCAUCCUCGCGCAAGACGCCGCGGGCGAUCAGCUCCCAGACAUCCUCCGCCCGAGGUUCAUCGGCGGCGGUGCCAUCAACGAGAAGAUGGCGCGAGAACAGGCCAUCCGGCAGCUCGGCGAGAACGGCGCGGCGCUCACCGGCGCGGCGCUCGAGAACGCCAGCGCGCAAGGAUCCACCGAGACCUUCGCGCUCGUGCGCCCGUCCCCCACCAACGGCAACACCGGCGUCUACCUCUACCUCGACGAGGUCGGCAUGCUCAAGGGCCUGGCGCCCAACGCUCGAGCCGACGGACUCGCGAGGGACUGCGGCUUCGACGGCGUGCAGUUCUACGGCGACAUGUUCGUGGGGCGCAUCCAGGCUGAACCCCUGCCGAUGCGCAACGUCGACUUCGCCGUCGCGGAUCUCAGCGUCGGAAGCGAGUGGCUUCGCGCCGCCGCGGCGGAGAACUACAGGCACAACCAGCAAAUGUCCGAGCUCCAGGCGGCUAUGAAGGACAAGGGAGGAAUGACCACGAUCGGCUUCGGGGGAGGCUCCGGCGACGGCGAGAUGCCCAAGGGCGAGGGAGACGGGUACCGGUGGUCCCAGACGGACGACGAGGUCGAGGUCGUCGUGGACGCGGGCGAGGGCACCAAGGCGAAAGACGUGUGGGCGAUGUUCCGCCCGGACCACGUGAAGGUUGUCGUCAACGGCGAGACCAAGUUCGAGGUUGGCGGCGAUAAGCCCCCGGGUCUGUUCCGAAAGGUGCGGCCGGACGACUGCACGUGGACAAUCGAGAAAGGGAAGGUGGUGGUGACGCUGCAGAAGACGGAUGAGCAGCUGUGGCACGACCUCGUCGCCGUGCCGUGA